AUGGAGAUGUGUGAGUAUUUGGUCAAUCAGUUUUCUGAGUUAAUAAAAAUCAGGGACAAUAGAGGAUGGACAGUGUUACAUUCAGCUUGCAGUGGCGGGAGUGUAGACAUAGUUUCUUUUCUAUUGAACAAAGGAUUGGACAUCAAUGCGUUGUCAAAUAUUGUUGAAAGUGUAUUACAUAUUGCUUGUCUGAAUAGUAAACAUGAUGUUUGUAGGUAUUUAUCAACAAGUUACCCGGACUUGUUAGCAGUAAAAGAUAAUCAAGGUAAAUCAGUUAUAGAUAUUGCCGCUGAGCAUGGUGACAUAAACAUGAUUCAUAUUUUGAGAGAAUGCUGCUAUUUGGAACCUUGUUAA